GCCGCCUCCGCGUGCCUCCUGUUGUGAUGGGCUUUCUCUAGUCAGGCUAGUUAUCGGCUGGUUUCUGUUAAUAUCUGUGCCGAGGUGUAAGUAGAGAAAGAAAUGGCUUCUGGAGAUAUUGCUCAGAUUACAGAGGCGCUGGCCAAAACUCAUGUUGGAGAAGUGGAAUUAAGUUAUAAGGGACAAGGGCUGAAGUUGGACAAUGCUGAGUCAGUGAAAGAAAUGGUGCAGGAGAUCGAGCGGUGUCAGGGGCUGCAGUCUCUCAGAUUAGAGGGAAACACAUUGGGGGUUGAAGCAGCACAGGCAAUUGCAAAAUCUCUUGAAGCGAAAAGGGAAUUGGAGCAAUGCCAUUGGAGUGACUUGUUCACGGGUCGCCUUCGCUCUGAAAUUCCACCUGCUCUGAAAUCAUUGGGCUAUUCUUUGAUGACAUCGGGGGCCAGACUGACUCAUCUGGACUUGAGCGACAAUGCCUUUGGCCCUGAUGGUGUAAAGGGAAUUGAAAGCCUUCUGAAGAGCACUGCAUGCUACACUUUACUUGAGCUCAGGCUUAAUAAUUGUGGCAUGGGCAUUGGAGGGGGUAUGGUCCUUGCUUCUGCUUUGACUGAAUGUCACAAGCAGUCUAGUGCAGCUGGCUCUCCCCUGAGGUUAAAAGUCUUCAUAGCUGGACGUAAUCGGCUGGAGAAUGAUGGUGCUACUGCACUUGCCAAAGCAUUUAAGUUGUUAGGCAGUCUUGAGGAGGUCCAUAUGCCACAGAAUGGAAUCAACCAUCUUGGUAUCACUGCUUUAGCCACUGCCAUAAAGCACAACCCAAACCUUCAGGUCCUCAACCUCAAUGACAACACUUUUACUAAGAGAGGAUCGAUAGCCAUGGCGGAGGCUAUUAGGUACCUCCAGUGUCUUAAAGUCAUCAAUUUUGGGGAUUGUUUGGUUCGCUCAGAAGGUGCGAUUGCUAUAGCAGGGGCCCUUAGAGAGGGACUGCCAUUCCUCAGGGAGCUGAAUUUGUCAUUUGGAGAGAUUUGUGAGGCUGCAGCUGUGGUAGUUGCAAAGGCUGUUCGGGGCAAAUCUGAUCUGGUGAAACUGGACCUGAAUGGAAAUUGCUUUGGAGAGGAAGGCUGUGAGGCUCUCAGGGAAGUGAUGGAGAGCAUGAACAUGGAAGAUCUGCUGGGAGCGCUCAGUGAUGAUGAAGGAGAGCCUGAAGAUGAGGAGGAGGAAGAUGAAGAAGAGAAGGAAGAUGAAGAGCAUACAGAGGAAAAUUGUGUCAAUGGAACAAAAGAUGUAAUUGAAGAAAAGGAGGAGCCUCACUGCACUUCUGAGCUCACGUCUUUCCUCAUUUCACCGUCAGCUGAGAAACUGAUCUCCCUUGGACCCAAAAGGGUCCAGCUCAUUGAGCAGCAGGUUGACGUCUCAGAUGCUAGUAAGGUUUCAGAAAUUUUUCUCAAGAUUUCAUCAGUAUACAAAGACGAACCAGAAGUAAAGCAAGCAAUAUUUGAGAGCACUGAUGCCCUGUUGAGGAAAGCCUUUUCCAACUCCCACUCUCAAUCUUAUAGUUUUAUCUCCUCACUGAUAGUGAACCUGGGACUUUUAAAGAGUGAAGACAAGAAGAUAAAGAAGGUAGCUGUACUGCCUGGACACUUACUUGCUUUGGAGCACGCAGCUGCACAAGAGUUUUUCCCAGCAGAUCAGGCUGGAGUUCUGGAAGAAUUUGUGUCACGAAAUGGCAAAGUCUUAGAAUCCUGCUGCAAUGCCAGAGAUGCUCUCAAGACCACAUUGGUGAAAAGGACCACUGCUUAGUUCUUAAAGCCCAUUAUAAAGCCACUGAAAGUACUUAAUACGGGUCAUUCCAAAAAAACAUGACUGGAUACAUGAAACUUUAUUAACUAUUGAUAUAGUUU